AUGAGUAGAAUUGUUGUUGUUGGUGCUGGGAUCAUAGGUUUAUACACUUGUUUUAGCUUGUUGGAACAAGGAGUCUCUGCUGAUGAGAUAACAGUUCUUGCUGAGUACUUGCCAGGAGACGAAUCUAUUAAAUAUACAUCGCCCUAUGCUGGUGGUAACUUUUCAUGUAUUACUGGUGAUGAUGAUGAUACUCUUGCAUAUGACAGAUAUACGUAUUUGAAUUUACAAAGGAUUCAAAAGGCCAUUGGUGGAAAGACAAAAGGGUUGGAUAGGUACCCAUCAACGGAGUUUUGGGAUCAAAAGCCAAGCCAAAAGAAGAUUGACUCGCUAAAGAGUUAUUUGCAAGAUUACGAGGAAAUUGCUGAAAAGGAUUUGCCCAAGGGUUCUGAGUACGGGAUCCGUUUCUUAGCAUGGAACUUCAACUGUCCCAAGUUCUUGGCCAGCUUUAAAGACUAUUUGCAACAGCAAGGUGUUGUUUUCUACAGAAAACACCUUACACAUAUUGUGCAAGCAUACAUUUCGGAAAGAGAUACCAAGAUUGUAUUCAACUGUACAGGGAUAGGUGCAAGAUCCAUACGAGGUGUAGAGGACAAAAAUGUGUACCCUGCUAGAGGACAAGUUGUUGUGAUUAAAGCUCCUCAUAUUAUGGAAAAUUGUUUGAGUUGGGGCGAAAGGGAGCCUACAUAUAUUAUCAAAAGACCUUUUUCAAAUGAUCAAUUGAUAUUGGGUGGUUAUUACCAAAAAGAUGAUUGGACACCAGAUGUCUUGCUAGAGCAAACCCAGGACAUUUUGCAAAGAACAACUAAGCUCUUGCCCAAGAUUUUAACUGACAACCCACAUGGUAACAAGAUUGAGGAUUUGGAGAUAUUGAGAGUUGUUGCAGGCUUGAGACCCGGAAGACAUGGCGGGGCCAGAAUCGAAAGAGAGAAAUUUGGGGGUAAAUUGCUCAUUCAUAAUUAUGGAGCUAGUGGGUAUGGGUACCAAGCAGGCUUUGGAAUGGCCCACAAGGCGGUUCUGCUAGCAUUGGGUGGCUCCAAAUUGUGA